AUGGCAUAUAACUCACAAAAUUUGAUCAGAUAUACUCCACCUUCGUGGGCAUCUACACUUUGCUACAUUCCUCAGUAUUACUUGAAGCUAGCACAGCGUUUGACACCAAUUUAUCAAUGGGAUCUUCCAGCUGCUUUCCCAAAUCGAAGCAUAUCCAAUUUUCAAAUCUAUAUUAAGCGAGAUGAUAUGACUGGUUCUGUACUAUCAGGCAAUAAAGUUCGUAAAUUAGAAUUUCUAUUAGCUGAUGCAUUACAGAAGAAGUGUACAUCAAUUCUAACUGCAGGUGGCAUCCAAUCCAAUCAUUGUCGAACUACAGCUGUUGCUGCACGCCAACUGGGUUUAUCAAGCUAUUUGUUCUUACGAUGCGAUGAAGAGAUGCGAUCCAAUUUACAACUUGUAGGAUGUACUGGUAAUGUUUUCCUCAACAGUAUGGUAGCAUCGAAAGUAUUCUUAAUUGAACGUAAAGCUCAAUUUUUUCCUGAUAUCUUGCCUAAAAUGCAACAACUAUCUACCUAUUUAAAGAGUACAACUGGCGAUGAAUGCUAUUUAAUACCUAUCGGUGGUUCAAACGUUAUUGGCUUAUUUGGCUAUAUUGAAUGUUUCCGAGAACUAGUUGAGCAAGGUUUAUAUGAAAAUUUCGAUGAUAUUGUCGUUACAUGCGGUAGUGGCGGCUCAACAUGUGGGCUUGCAUUAAGCAAUUAUUUAACUGGAAGUAAAGUUAAAAUGCAUGCCUUAUGCAUAUGUAGUGACGCUAAUUAUUUCUAUCAACACAUUGAUGAAACACUACAACAGUUAAAACUAAGCGAUCAAGUGAAAGCGCGUGAUAUUGUUGAUAUCAUUGAUGGAUACGCUGGUUUAGGGUAUGGAUUAUCAACAGAAGAUGAAAUGAAAUUUGCUUAUGAUGUUUCUAAAUCAACUGGGAUUAUACUAGACCCGGUCUAUAAUACUAAAGCUGUAAAGGGAAUGUUACAUGAAUUGGAACAUAAUCCUGAACGCUUCCAAGGACGUCGAAUCUUGUAUAUCCAUACAGGCGGUAUAUUUGGAGCUUAUGAUGGACGUUUUAAUAAUAUGCUGGAGCAAGAAAGAAGUUCGAAUGUGGAGAUAAUGAAUUGGACUGAUUAUCAAACAUCGAUCGGUGAUAACAAGAAAUAG